CAGAUAUGCAGUGAACCGUUUACUGUGGUGCACAUACAUAAAUAAGAAUCAUUGGAUUUGUAAUGUACCGAAUAUUUACGCAUGGAGUAUAUCGUACGAUUUCGCCAAGUCUUAAAGUUUCUUUGACUCAUAUCGGUUACGCAUAGAGUUUUUCUUAUCUAGUGGCACUAAUGCUAUGGUAGAAAGGGAUGCGCCUGGUGAAUGAUAAUUCCAUAAAGCACCGCACACAUACAAUUCCUGGCAUACUACAGCAGGCCGUGGCCAAGUGCCUUGUGCAUUGUGAUGUAUACAACGGAACUCCUUUGAUUUGUCCAAGGUCGCCCAGUAUGACUACAUGAAGGAAGUUUUAAGUGAUUGUCCGCCGUGGUUAGUUCGUUUGAGGAUUAACAGACCAAAGUAAAAUAAACCGGAAGACCAGUCGAUCAUCAUGGAGAACAAUAUAUAUCAAGUUACUAUCCCGGAUGCCAGACUGAUGGCAAAAGGGGCAUGGGAUCUCUCGGUGUACAUUACGGAUUUGGAAAUACAUAAAGUUAUCACUGUCACGGGAGACAUGAACAUUGGCGGGGUGAUGCUGCGGCUGGUGUCCGAUCUGGGAAUGCAGCGGGACUGGAGUGAUCAUGAGCUGUGGUGGCCGGAUGAGAACAAAUGGCUGAAUCGCAGCCGUUCCACCCUGGACCAGUACGGGGUCACGGCAGCGGCACAUAUCCUAUUCACCCCCAAACACAAGAUUAUCCGUGUACAGUUACCGGAUUUGCAGUAUAUUACCGUCAGUGUUGACAUGUCCAGCAGCGUCUUCAAGGCAGUUUGUGAUUUAUGUAAAUCACUGGGAAUCCGGCACGGAGAAGAGCUGUCCUUUGAGAGACCACUGCCCACUCAAGCGCUGAAAAAGAACACCGUCAUUUCGCCGGAUUUGCCACCACCGCGCAAUGGCAACGGCGAAGCGUCGCUUCCGCGCAUUCAACAAUCGCGCUCCAUGAACAGUCUGGACCGCUCGCUGGGCGCUGCCACACCGCCCAACUAUCAUAUUACAUAUCACACACCAUCACCGCAAGGCACACUGGCCAGAAAUUCCAGCGCCAUGAGCAGUUCGGCUGGCGAGAAAUAUUCGCCAUUCUACGCGCAGAAUCCCUACACCACGCCGCUGUACGCGGCACCCCAAAAUGGCACGGUCAACAUCGUUGACGGAGUCAGUGAAGACAUCAGGGAAAUCAACCUUGCCAAUUCACCGCAGCAACCAUCGCGAGAAGCGUCCGACCACAUCUUGAAACCCAGAACGCUGCUGGAGCGGGCGCGCCUCAACGCCGCCUGGCUGGAUUCAUCGCGGUCCCUGUACGAGCAGGGAAUUCGCGAGGGAGACACGGUGCUCUUAAGGUUUAAGUUUUUCACUUUCUACGAUUUGAAUCCAAAAUUUGAUGUCAAGAGGAUUAAUCAGAUCUACGAGCAAGCACGUUGGAUGAUAUUAAAUGAAGAAGUGGACUGUACCGAGGAGGAAGCCAUGUUAUUUGCGGCCCUUCAAGUUCAAAUUCAACAUCAGUCUCAAGUGCCGCAAACUCCUACUCAGGCCGGCGAAGACGAUAUCGAUGCGGCACUAAAUGAUCUACAAAUAACACUCGAAGGCACGACACCGGAGUUUUAUAAUGAUAUUACACAAGUCCCCGAAUUAAGAGACUAUCUGAGCUUUCUCAGGCCCAAAAAAUUUACACUGCGGGGCUUCAAGCCAUAUUACGUAAUCCUGCGCGAUACAACCCUCUCGCUGUACAAAGACGAGCACGAUUUGGGCAACGAACCAUCAUUAGAGGUUAAUUUGCGCGGCUGCGAAGUAACGCCGGACGUCAUGCUGACAAACAACAAAUACGGCAUCAAACUGCAAGUUCCCAUGGCUGAUGGGAUGCACGAAAUGUGGUUUAGAUGUGCAAAUGAUGCUCAAUAUGCCAAGUGGAUGGCAGCCUUUCGAUUAGCAGCUAAAGGAAAAACGAUGGCCGACGCGUCCUAUCAGCAUGAAGUGCAAAAUCUUCUCAGCCAUCUCACACUGCAGCAUACGCCCCUACGACAAGACCAUUACGGACCAAUGGACCCCAAUCUCAACACUGACAGCUAUGUUCCGCUGAGAAUCUCAAAGAAAAACAAGGGCACGAGGUUAACCGGGCGGAUCAUGGAUGCUCAUAACAACGUCAGAAAUUUGACUUUAACUGAUGCCAAGCUGCAGUUCAUCAAAGCCUUCCAAGGCCUGCCGGACUAUGCAGUGCAUUACUUCGUUGUGGUAUUCGCCAACGCAAAAAAGGAGGAAUUAGUGGGUAUUACCCCGACCCGCUUGAUCCGAGCGGAUACCAAUGGUCGACCAAUAAAAACAUGGCCAUUCACUCGUAUGAAGGAUUGGCAUGUGAACUGGUACAAGAAGCUGGUUGUUGUUGAAUUCGACGAUGAAACAGUACAGUUUUGGCCGGUGGGCGCCGACGCGAAAAACGUUCACGAAUUUAUUGGAGGAUACAUUUUCCUGGCGACAAGAGCGGAAGACAAGAACCAAAACCUAGAUGAAGAACUUUUUCAGAAGUUAACAGGUGGAUGGAAGGCCUAAAGUGAGAACAACAGGACAGAAAUUUGUUGUAACAAAUUUGUAUUGCGGUGGACUGUCAGUUCGAUAACCUUUUUCAUGUUUGGUACCGAAAUCCUGCUGCAUGGUGGUCACAAGUGCCUUUAAUUUUAGAGGUUUUAUAUUUUAUUCUAUACGGUGAACUGGUACAGAAAACUUAUUCUAUUUCAACAUAACUACACAGCUCAAUAUUUUGGCAGAAAUGUACACGGCAAACAGCGGUAACCGGAAAAACAAAUACUUCGAAGUUUACAAGAAUAAAAACAAUAAAACUAUUUCAAAAACUCAACCAAGACGACGGGACCAAACAAGCGGUCACAACCAAAAAAACUUAACGCGAAUUACGGCCAAUUAAAAUUCGGCACACUAUAUCACUUAAAAACAAAAGGAAGGCAAGUAAAACAGUAAAACCAUAACCAGUACAAGGCAUGC